AUUCCUAGUCCAAUGCAUUAACCACUUGUCUCACUUUGCUGUUUGGUAACUUUGUGUGGUUUUAUGUUUAAUGUAAUAAUAUAAAAUGAUUUAUUGAGUAAUAAGAGCUCUGAGCGCUGUGAUGCUGUAAGUAAUGGUUAGCAUGAACAGAACCUCAGCAGAACGUUCCCUCAGUCAGAAGCUCCUCAGUGAAUCUUCACCUUUAUUCUCCUCAUUAUGAUCCUGUUACUGUGUAAUAACUGAUGCUAACGUGCUGUAACUAUCCACGGCGAGUGUGUGUGUGUGUGUGUGUGUGUGUGUGUGUGUGUGUGUAUCUGCAGCAGAAGAGGAACUCAGUGGGACGUUUGGAACCGGCCAACUGACCAACCGCCCCCCCGCCGGGGACCAAAUGGAACGGUCGGCUCCUGCUGCUGGACCUUACAAUGAGACCGGACCGGACCAGACGCAGGGGGGGGGGGGCAGGUCACUAAAGGCCUUGACCUUCUGCUGCCUAAAUCACCUCCCAACAUCCACUCCAGCACUGAGAGAGAGAGAGACAGUGAGGCGCAUCCAAUUUCUACCCGUCAAUCAUCCUCCCACUGAUGCUGAUCCCUGCUCCUGAUUGGGGAGGACGAGGCUGCUCCACGCCCCCUCCGACACGUGCACAGCAAUCGAACAUCUUAUCACCUACACUUGACGAGUGCAGUGCAGUACAGCGCUGUGUACGGAGAGCCACACCCUCUAUCGCACUCCUUACUCAUCUCCGUGCAGGCGCAACCAACCAGCCAGCAGAGGUCGUAAUUGCACCAGUCUGAGAGAGAGACCCCAUACGGCUUAAUCCCGCCCCUGUCUGAACAACAGGCCAAUCGUUGUUCAUGUGGCCGCUCAGCCUCAGCCGGCAGGCAGAGCCAGGAUUCGAUACCAUGUACUCCAGAUCCAGCUCUGGUGAACAGCAUGUUAGUGAGUGUUGCAGCAGGGCGUGGUCCUGCCUCAGCCCCAGUGUUUCCAGGUGCCAGAGCCACCACAACCCUGACCAGCACAAGAGCAAUGUGUGUGUGUGUGUAGAUGUGUGUGUGUGUGCAUGUGUGUAGGUGUGUGUGUAGGUGUGUGCGACAGCAUAUCUCACUACAUCAGAAUCACACCUGUCCUGCACACACACACACACACACACACACACGGGAGCGCGCGCUGAGCGGUGCUGCACGCGGCUGGAGCGGACGGAACUCACCUGCUCAGGGGUCCGGACUGAACUCUGGAGGACACACCCGGGACUUUUUGGGCGGUAGUGCUGCAGGGAUGGCGGGUGAUGGAGACACCGAUGCUGGAGCGGAUCAGUCCAAACCCCCCGCAGCUCCCUUCCAGGAUCUUUUAUCCACAUACGGGCUGGACGGACCCACCGCGACCCCUCCGUACUUCAUCCCGAGCUCGUCCGCUCAGAGUCAGGAGGUCACGAGCUCGGCCUCAUUCCUGCCGUACCCGAGCCGGAGCGGUGUGAGUGCUGGUCCGGGUUCAGGUGUGUCCAGGUCCGCCGCGUCUCUGCAUUACGGCUUCACCUCCCCAUCUGCUUCAGCCUCAGCCACGCAUGCGCAGUUCGGAGCCGGGUACCAGUUCUACCCGUCUGCGUAUGAGGGCACCGUCGGCCAGGUGUGCACGCGCGGGGGUGAGAGGAGGGCUCAGGUGUACCUGUGUAACCGGGCGCUGUGGCUCAAGUUCCACCGACACCAGACCGAGAUGAUCAUCACCAAACAGGGCAGGAGAAUGUUUCCCUUCCUGAGCUUCAGUAUUUCGGGGUUGAGUGUUUCCUCUCAGUAUAACGUUUAUGUUGAGAUCACACUCGCCGAUCCAAAUCACUGGAGAUUCCAGGGGGGCAAAUGGGUCACGUGUGGAAAAGCCGACAACAACCCCCAGGGGAAUAAAAUUUACCUUCAUCCAGAAUCUCCAAACUCUGGAGCUCACUGGAUGAGACAAGAAAUUUCAUUCGGCAAACUGAAGCUCACCAACAACAAAGGAGCAAAUAACCAAAACACACAGAUGAUCGUCCUUCAGUCGCUGCAUAAGUACCAGCCCCGGCUGCACAUCUCUGAGGUUCCUGCAGACGGUUUGGACUCAGACAGAGAGACUCAGACUCAGAGCUUCAUCUUUCCUGAGAGUCAGUUCAUCGCCGUCACCGCCUACCAGAACACCGACAUCACACAGCUGAAGAUCGAUCACAACCCCUUCGCUAAAGGAUUCCGGGAUAAUUACGACUCGAUGUACACGACCCCGGAUGGUGACAGGUUGACCCCCUCCCCCGCCGACUCGCCGCGUGCCCAUCAGCUGGUGCCAGGCGGGCGUUACCCGGUGCAGCAGUUCCUGCACGAUCAGUUUGUGAACCCCCUCCCUCAGAGUCGCUUCUACACCACCGACCGCACCCUGCAUCCCCCGGAGGAGUGCGGCGCCCCCCACAGGUGGCUGGUGACCCCGGUGCAGCAGCCGUACGAACCCGACUACCUGCCGUACGCCCUGAAGCCCCUCCCACUGCAGAGCUCACGCCCCCUCACCUGCUACUCAGACUCCGCCUUCGCCUCCGUCGCCGGCUGGGGUUCAAAGGUCAACUACCAGAACAAAAUGGUGGCCAACCUGCCCUGGUCGCCCCGGCCGCACGGCCCUGACCUGCUGGACAAGGUGCGGGAGGAGGAGUGGGCGGAGUCAGCAUCGUACGCCGCCAUUUAUAAACGCCGGCGCGUCUCACGAGGUGAAUCCAGCACGGAAAACUCACCCAGCAUAAAGUGUGAGGAGUCUCGCUCAGACAACCACAGCAAAGAGGCCACGCCCACCACCAAGAUCAGCAGCUGCUGCGCCUUCUACAGCGCCACCUAGAGGAGCAGACGGGGACGAACCUGCACCCACAGCGGGACUGAAACAUAAAACCUGAUCUGGGUUACAGGGUCUGAUUAACGGUGUAAAUAAUCUGAUCUGGGUUACAGGGUCUGAUUAAAGGUGUAAAUAAUCUGAUCUGGGUUACAGGGUCUGAUUAACGGUGUAAAUAAUCUGAUCUGGGUUACAGGGUCUGAUUAACGGUGUAAAUAAUCUGAUCUGUGAUGAAUUUUACACGUUGUUUCUACAUGAACUCCAGCAUCUGUUACUCGAUGUGUUUUGUGCACGCUACAGCUUACCCAUAAUGCCUCACUCUGCAGGUGAGUGUACCUGUUGUGGUGGGCGGAGUCCUGGUUUGAUGAUGAAAUGUGUUUAAAUUCUGUAAAUAAACU